AUGUUUAUCACAUGGUACAUCGUAGCCAUCCUUUUCUCUGUAACCGUGGUGCGGGGCGUCUGGGUUAUUAUCUACCGAUUGUUCUUCCAUCCGUUGGCGAAGGUCCCAGGACCUCUUCUCGCAAGAGCGUUCUUCUUUUACUCCUUUUGGUACAACGCACAUGGCGGAAGGCUUUAUCUGCAGAUCGAGAAGCUCCAUCAAAGAUAUGGCCCAACAGUACGUAUCUCACCAGAUGAGAUCCACCUCAGCGACCCAGAAGACCUUGAUAAGAUCUACUAUUUUGGAUCUCGGUUUGGCAAAAGCCCAGCCUUCUACCGUGCAUUUGGUUUAGAUAAUUCCUUGUUGACCAUUCCCGAUAAUGACCUCCAUCGGGUCAGACGAGCAGCUUUGAAUCCUUUCUUUUCGCGCAAAAUGGUCUUCGAGCUAGAAGACGUCGUACAAGCAAAGGCGCAGAAGUUGACAAGUCGGAUGCGAUCGGCGUUAGAGUCUACGGGAUAUAUUGACCUGCACUACGGAUUUCGGGCAGUUUCCCUUGACGUCCUCACCGACUAUGCGUUCGAUGAUUGCUAUGGUUGCUUGGACAAGGAGAACUUUGGAUUUGAGAUAUUCAAGAUGAUUCGUGACAUAGGUCCUACAUUGUGGUUCUUCCAGGAAUUUCCUUUCAUGCGAGAUCUGGCUAUUCAGACUCCAUUCUGGCUCGCCAAAUUGACGGGCAAGUCACUGUCAAGGAUGAUGCUCUAUCGCGAGCGUUGCAAGCACCAGAUCCUGGAAGUCAAGGAGGCCGUGGAAAAAGGUGAUAAAGUCUCACGAAAGACUGUUUUCCACCAACUCCUUCGACCAGACGACACGGAAGGAUACAAAAUGCCCAGUGUCGAGCAACUCAGUGACGAUGCUUAUGUCCUCAUUGCCGCCGCUGCUGAUACAACCGGUAACGCCAUGACAAUGGCAGCAUAUAAUGUUGUUACCAAUCCAGAGAUAUAUGAACGUCUGACAGCAGAGCUGAGAGAGAGGUUUCCUGACCCUGAAGCGAAAAUGGACCUGGUGACCCUUGAGAAAUUACCCUAUUUGACUGCAGUGAUCAAGGAGGGACUUCGAUUGUCAUAUGGUGUCGUUGGCCGAAUUCCAAGAACCGUUCCCGAGCCAGGUGCUGAGUUCCAUGGCUACCAUGUCCCAGGGGGGACUACCGUCAGCAUGAGCUCGUGGAUGCUGCAUCGAAACGAGGACUUAUUUCCGAACGCAGAGAAGUUUGAUCCGGCACGCUGGCAGGACCCUGCCACCCGCAACGCCCUCGAAAAGCACCUGUUCUCGUUUGGUAGGGGCCCGCGGCAAUGUGUUGGGAUGCAACUCGCUUAUGCAGAGCUCUACAUCACCCUAGGUCGAGUAUUCAGGCAAUUCGAUGAUUUGAAGACGCGGAAGAAAGCCAGAGAAGAGUUAUUAUAUGAUGACUACUUCUCAGCCUACCAUCCUGAAGCAUACAACAAAUUUAUAUUCGAGCGCGCUAGAUAG